AGAUAAGAUAAGAUGAAACACUAGUAUUAAAAUAAAUUGAGUCCCAUCUUCCAAGUGCUCAGCUCCUCAGAUAUAGGGGAAUUAUAUAAUUUCUCAAGUCUCUAUUUUUCACUUUUUUUAAGCACUUCUAUUGAUUCAAUUUUUUGGAGAAUUACUCACCGUUAUUCAUACAAGCAUCGCAUAUAGAUUAUAAUUAUGUUAUGCAUGUGCAUGUAUCUUAUUUUGGCAUUUUCAUCAAUCAGGUAUUAUUUUUCUCAAGAUUUUGAAUUUUGGUCAAAAUUUAGUGCAUAAUCAUGCCACUUUUUUUUUUUUUUUUUUCUCUAGACUAAAUUGCCAGGUUUAUGACUUGUUUGAUUCAAUUGGCAGUGUAAAAAAUGCAAGAUUAUGUAUUUACUAAUUUAAAACAGAAAUUAGGUUCAUGGGCAUUUGGAAAGCAAUUUCCAACUUGAUGGAGUAUUAUUUUACAAGGUUGAUUCUUUUAUAUGUUAUGAUACUCAUCCAUUGAUCUUCUUCACUGCAGUUUCCUUCCCACAUCAAAAACUAUUGAAUUUUGAGUUUUGCAUCAAAAAAUGAGAAAAAUCAUUUGGGCUGCGAGGCAUUUGAGGCCAGCUCUUUGGAAGGGAAACUUUGGAUCAACAAAACGAUUCGAUUUUUGCUCUGUAUACAUAAAUCAAAGGGUUUGUGAAUGUAAACAUCCAUUAUAUGUGGUGUCUCGAGCUCUUUCUGCUAAUGCUGCUACUGGAGUGGUGGAACUUAAUAGAGAUGGACCUCUCAUGGAAUACGGUCGAAGAAUCGCUGCCGGUGAGCUUUUGGAUGGAGAUGCUUCACAGCUAGACACGUUAGGGGAGCUUCAGCGGCUAUAUGAUGAUCUCGUUGCAAAUGCAGGAGCUUCCCGGUUGGAUGCAUAUGCCGCUUCUCAAAGAGCUGCGAGGAGAAGUUGGUGGUACUCGCCCCGUGUCACGCCUGUGAGAGGACUCUAUCUCUACGGAGGAGUGGGAACUGGCAAGACUAUGCUGAUGGACUUGUUCUAUCAUCAACUGCCACGCAGCUGGCGAAAGCGGAGGAUCCAUUUCCACGACUUCAUGCUAAACGUUCACGCCCGUUUGCAGAAGCAUAGAGGAGUUGCAGAUCCUCUAGAAAUCGUAGGAGGGGAGAUCUCAAACGAGUCUAUCUUGUUAUGCCUCGAUGAGUUCAUGGUGACUGAUGUAGCCGAUGCACUCAUCCUAAAUCGUCUCUUCACACAUUUGUUCAACAACGGCGUUGUUCUGGUUGCUACUUCGAAUCGAGCUCCAGAUAAGCUCUACGAAGGAGGCCUGCAGAGGGACCUGUUCCUCCCGUUCAUUGCCACUCUCAAGGAGAGAUGUGUAGUUCAUCAGAUUGGUUCGUAUCUGGACUAUCGCAAAAUGACAUCGGCAGAGGAAGGCUUCUACUUUGUCGGAAAACAUGUGUCGAACAUUCUUGAACAGAAAUUCAGAGAGUUGAUAGGCGAAAAGGUGGCUGCUCCGGAAGAGGUUGAAGUGGUUAUGGGCAGAAAACUGCAGGUUCCUUUGGGAGCCAACGGCUGCGCCUACUUCCCUUUCGACCAGCUCUGCGAUAGGCCCCUUGGAGCUGCAGACUAUUUCGGGUUAUUCAUUUCAUACACUGGCUGUCGAAGGCGUUCCGAUAUUCGGGCCAGCCAAUAGGACUGCAGCAUACCGCUUUGUGACUCUAAUUGAUGUGAUGUAUGAGAAUCGAGCUAGAUUAUUGUGCAGUGCAGAAGGUAGUCCAACGGAACUAUUUGAGAAGGUUGUGACAAUAUCUGAUGCUGCUACCAGACACGGCCUUUCGGAGGUGUGCGUUGACAACGACUUAGGCUUCG